UUUACUUUUGGGAGGCAUGAUCUUUUGUGUUCGAUGGAUUUGGCUACUCUCAAGCCUCAUUGCCACUCAACGAAAUUCCAUUUCUGUGAGUAGGCCAAAUCGUCCUACGAUCACGCACAUGCGCGUCGGCCAGGCAUGCCGACAUGCUGAAUACACGAGGUAUCAGAUAGUAGAUAUUACAUUUCGUUUGUUCCUUCUAUUCUCUGCUUCAUAUGAUAUCGGACCGACAGAGUGGACAACUCGAUGAAUGACUUGUGCUGAACCACUGCGACGAAUAAGUUGGCAAAACAUGUCGAACGUCCUCACGAUACACACCUUGUACAAGCAUCCAGAGUGAAAUCUAUUCUUGCAAGUCUUGCAAGGCUUCCGUGGAAGAGUUCCGUCCAUCACGCUGAUGAUCCUUGGGACAAAAUGAGAUCACAAGAAAGACUGGCGCAGAAGCACGUACGAAUAACAGAUGGCGCAUUCAACCUGGCCCUCAAAAUGACCGGUCACGUUCUUCUUGAACAGUCCGAUCCCAUCUGCUAUGCGACCGUUCUGCGAGAGCUAGGUGAGUGCACGAAUCAGUGGAGUUUUGGAACGCACCUGCGACCAGAGAAUUUGCUGGACAGCAAGGAUCCACGCCCGCCAUCUUGUUUCCUCCACCCCCACCCUCUGCACAUCCUUCACCUCAAUCUUGUGCAAUGGCCAAUCGGAUGGUAUCUUGAGUUUGAUUUCCAACUGAUGUUCGUCCACCAGAUAUGCUGCCGAUACCUCAUUAACAUUCGACGCAACUUUAACCGUCAGGUUCUCGUCCGCCAACUCGGCAGUGGCUUCCGGACUCUUGACGUGAGCCAAUUCCGCUCGUAUGAUGACUGGGGAGAAGUGCAAGGACGUGUAGGUGGCGAUACUGUUCGACAAUUGGCGGUCCUUGCAGUCCAGAACCCAGUUGUAGAUCAACGAAGGCACGGUCAGGAGGGCGCGAUAGUACAAAUGAGCUGCAAGGACUUGAAGACUCCACAAACUGUCUCCCGGUUCAUAGACUGGACACAGUCAGAUUCUUCACGUUUGAACGCCACAAAUACCUACAAUCCACGUAAUACUCGUCGACUA